CCCACGCAGCGACCAAUGAGGCGUGCGCCUUCGCCUCACGCUAGUGACCAAUGGCCGCGCGCGGCGGAGGGCGAAGGGCAGGCCCGGCGCUGCCGUAAACGCCCGGGGCGCUUACUCGCUCCCUCCCGGCGACGCUAUCAAAUCAUGCUGUUUGGAAAAAUUUCCUGGCAGUUGUGUGGCUUAAAGAAACUCCCAUGGUCAAAUGACUCCAGAUACUUCUGGGGCUGGUUGAAUGCAGUGUUUAAUAAAGUAGAUUAUGAACGCAUCAGGGAUGUCGGCCCCAACAGGGCAGCCUCUGAGUGGCUGCUGCGCUGUGGGGCCAUGGUGCGCUACCAUGGCCAGGAGAGGUGGCAGCAGGACUACAACAACCUUCCAACAGGCCCCCUGGACAAAUACAAGAUCCAGCAGAUCGAUGCCACGAACUCUUGUAUCAUGAACAUGGGAUUUGAUCACAUGGAGGGCCUACAGCAUGUUGAAAAAAUAAGGCUAUGCAAGUGUCAUUAUAUCGAGGAUGACUGUUUGGAGAGACUUGGGCAACUAGAAAACUUACAAAAAAGCCUGUUGGAAAUGGAAAUAAUUUCAUGUGGGAACGUCACAGACAGAGGCAUCAUUGCUUUGCGUCAUUUAAGAAAACUCAAGUAUUUGUUGUUAAGGGAUCUUCCUGGAAUAAGAGAUAAAGAGAACCUUGUCCAAGCCUUUAAGACAGCACUACCUUCUCUGGAACUAAAAUUAGACUUGAAGUGAAAUAAUAAUAAGUGCCUUAUUCAAUAUAAAGUAUCAUUUAAAACUGUUGAUCCUUAACAGCAACAAAUUAUUAUAUAAUCAACAAUAGAACUAUAAGAAUAUCAUGACAUUUUAGAAGCAGAGUCCAUCAUGUAGAAAAUAAAUAUUCAGACACGACUCACUAAAGUUACCAUACUGGAAUUAGGGGUUUUUAUGUACACUAAAUCAUUUUAAGAAAAAUGCAAUUUAAAAAAUGCAUUUUAAAAAAAAAGUAGCAUUUUAAUUCUAAUAUAUUCCUCAUUUUAUCUAGAUAUGUAUAUAGAUACCUCUUGAUAUAGAUACUGAGAGUUCUUUAAAGUGAUUUAAAUGUACAACAGAUAUUCUUUGUUGUAUUUAAACAGUAAUCUUUUACAUUUUACUUUAAAGUUAUUGAAGCAUAUUACUAUAAAUGUACAAUCAUGAAAAAUUGAAAGCCAAAUUUCAGAUUCAUUGAUGGAGUCAAUUAUACAAAGUAGUCAGUGGUUGUUGAGGCAUUCAUAUUGUUUCCCAGGAUUUGCAUGCCUUUCACAUGAUCCUGCAUUCCUGUGUUUUUUAUAACAUACACUCUUUCUCUGAAUAAAUAGUUUCUGGCGAAUGUGUCUUUUUAGUAAGCUUAUCUGGUGUUUUAUUAAAAGUAAUUACAAAUACUUGGCUGAAUUCAAAUAGUUGUGCUGCUUGCAAAAGAAUAGAGGAAACAGGCAUGUAGACCAGCACAGUUGUACUUACUUUUUGCUUAAAUUAAAACAUUGAUUUAAAUAGAAAAUUUUAACAUGUCAAUUAGAAACUAAUUUUUAUUUCCUCCUAUAUGUUGGAUACCACUUCCUGUGAGCUCAAGGGACAUCAAAAAGAAGUAUAAGCAUAAAAUUCAAUUUAUAUCUAGAAAGCACUGAUAAAGAAUAUCAUUAAUAGUGGGCCAGCCAAGUGGCACGUUGGUUAGGAGUUGGCUUGGGACGCCAGCUCUGGGCAGCAGGGCCCCGGUUCGGA